AAGAAGAAAUUACUUCGAUCAGUGGUGGUGAAAAUGAUUAAACCAGUUCCAAUGAAUCGUGAAAGUUCAGCUAUGGCUGCAUAUGUACAAGAAGGCAAACUUAUUCCACGUCGUUGUGAAAUUGGUCUCACCUCUAAUGAAAUUCAAUCUUUCGAAGAUGUUGGUUAUGUCAUGAGUGGUAGUCG